AUGUUAAAGUCAAAUGUUAACACUAUACGUAGUAAUGAUCCUUUACUUCAAAGUUCAAUAAGUAGAACUUCUUCACCAAAUCCAUUAAAUGAUCAUAUCCGCGAUAGUAAUAAUAUAUAUUUAUUACGUUCAAAUUCACCAUCGCAACCUUUAAAAUUAGAAGAUGAAAAAUCUUUACCAAUAACAAUAGAAUCAACUCCAAUUCCUAAUAAUAAUGAUGAUAAUGAUAUCCAUAAAGAUUGGAGAAUUGAUGCGACCGAAAAUGAUCGACAUGAAGUCAUCGCAAAUUUACAAACUGACAAAAAUAUCAGAAUGGCAUUUGUAAGAAAAGUAUAUGGAAUAUUGACACUACAAUUAUUAGCAACUAUCGGUGUUACAUUAUGGUUUAUGUUACACGAGCCAACCCACACAAUUAUAAAUGAUAAGUAA